UAUUUGUUUCCUUCUUUCCUCUUCACUGAAUUUCUUGAGUUUCAGAAAUAUUUCCCUUCUUCCUACUUUACAGGGACAGUUUCCCAGCCUAUCUCUCCCUCAUCUCCUCUCCUUGUCUCUACGUCAUCAAGAUGGAAGCAUCACUCCCGAUGCUCAAGGCAAUGUUGCCAAAAGUGCCUCUGAUGGGAAAGACGGCAAUCUACCAUACUUUAGGAUUCUCUGAGCACUCGAAGCACUGGGACUUGAGGACUGAGCUGAUCAUCAACGUUCUGCGAUCGUUCAUUGUCGAUUCGCCACCCGAGCCUGUCUCCAGAGUGCAAAAGCUCUCUUUGAGAGAUCAUGGCAUUAAGGGACGAAUAUGGGUUAGCAAAGUCACAAUGCCAAGGCCUGAAGAAGACGAUAUAAGACAGGCGUUGUUCAAAGUGAUAGAAGCUUUGAAAGAGCCUGGAGAAGCACCAGGAGGAUUUGCAGAGCCGGAUUUACUUCCUGUGGAGGCAGAAUGGACUGGAUACAGAGUUGGAGCAACAAAGCAAUCACCUGAAGUCAGGAUUCCCGAACAGCAGAAGUACACAGAAAUGAUGAAGGAAGUUACCUCGCCUACGACGGUGCUGUACUUUCAUGGUGGAGCAUACUACCUCAUGGACCCAGCAAGUCACCGACCAACAACCAAGAAGUUAGCCAAACUCACAAAAGGCCGUUGCUUCAGCGUCCGCUACAGACUUGCUCCUCAAAACCCAUUCCCAGCAGCUCUUCUGGACGCUCUAGUAUCAUACCUCACCCUCCUCUACCCACCUCCCGGCUCUUUCCACGAGCCCAUCUCCCCACAGCACAUCGUUUUCUCCGGGGACAGUGCAGGCGGCAACCUCUCCCUCGUGCUUCUCCAAACACUCCUCCAACUCCGUCGCGAAAACCUCAGAAUCCACUGGAACGGCGAAGAGCGAGACGUUCCCCUGCCAGCAGGGGUAGCAGUCUGCAGCCCCUGGGGUGACAUCACGCACUCCUCGCCCUCCUGCGACAAUAACCGAACAUACGACUACCUCCCAGCUCGCUCCGUGCAUCCCACUGGCAUGGAAUUCCCACCCUGCAGCAUCUGGCCCACUACGCCUGCUCGAAAGAACCUGUAUGCCGAAGACGCGCUACUCUGCCACCCGCUCGUCUCACCCCUUAUCGCGAAAUCAUGGGAAGGCUCGCCACCGCUGUGGAUCGAGACUGGCCAGGAAUUGCUCACAGAUGAAGAUAAAUACAUAGCGAUGAAAGCUUCAAGCCAAGGUGUUAAAGUUGUGUUUGAAGAGUAUGAAGCGAUGCCGCAUUGCUUCGCGAUGGUGCUGGAGAGCUUGCCGGCGAGCAAGAAGUGCUUUAAUAGUUGGGCCGGGUUUAUAAGUCAGGUUGUGGAGAGGCCGGGGACGGUGAAAACCAGUGGGCGAGUUAUUAAGCCGAAGACGUUGGGGGAGGUGACGUUGGAUAUGGGCAGCUUAAGUGAGAUGAAGGAGGGAGAGGUGAUUGAGAGGAUGAGGGAAAGGGUUACGAUGAUGAGCAUGAAGCAGCCGGAUCCGAUGUCGAAGUUAUAAACGCAUUUAGAAGUCACCGUUGGCGCAGAGGGAAGAAAGCUUUGGCAGAUGGUAAUUUUCGGACAAGCAUUGGGGAGUAAAGGACCACUAUACCACGGUCGAUUUUCAUUCAGUUCUCUCUAGCAUGAAGUUCGGUUUAUUAAGCUUCGUUCCCUCGCCCGAUGCUAUGUGCAGUGCCAUAGUAUUUAUCACAACGAUAAUCUCAUCUUAUGCAUAGCCUCCCCACCAUCUUCCUUGCAUGCUAACCUCUGCACACUCAAAAUGCUCAACUAAAACCAUUAAAAUCCUCCCA